UUCAAGGGCCGAAUGGCCUACUCCUGCACCUAUAUUUCUAUGUUUCUAUGUUUCUAAAUGUGUGGGACUUCAGUGUGGCACCGAAGAUAGACACAAAAAGCUGGAGUAACUCAGCGGGACAUACAGCAUAUCUGGGGAAAAGGAAUAGGUCAGUGUGGCACUGUCUAGCCUCAUGUAUAGGUAAUGUGUCAUGUGGCAUGGUUUUGUAUUCCCAAGGUAAAUCUGUUCUGUUAUGGGCAGAUGAUGAAGUAAAUUCUCUGAAUAUUUAAGGGAACGUAGUAAACUUCCAGUUAAAACAUGUUCACUAUUUUUUGCACAUGUAGCGCCAACCAUUCUGGGAGUCCAGCGUAUUGUCCAGCCAAAGUGGAGGUUCCUUGAACCAAAAACAACCAAAAGAUUAUUUGGCCUCAAAGGAACUGUUAACAGUGGAGAAUCAUCUCAAUGAACUUGACAAGGAUCUUGCUGCUAAAGCACUAACAAUUGAAUCUGAAAUGCCAAGGGUUUCCAACAUUCAAAGCAGAUUAAGUAUGUCAAGUUACCAUGGAAGUCUGUCACAGACAUUAUUGAGCCAGAAUUCUAGACCUCAAACACCAUCAAGUCUUACUGGGAAAGAUAUUCCACAGAUCCAAGGAAACAAAUUAUUGCAGAGUUCCAGUAACCAAAACAGUAGGACUGAGAUUCCAAACAGUCAGCACAACAGGCCUCGAACGUCAUUAUCUCAAGGAAGCAGGCCUACAACUCCGAACAGUCAAUUGUUUCAAAGUCCACUUUCGAGCAGCCCCGUGACCCAAGGAGAACCAUUCGACAAUCCAAAGAACAAACUGGCAACAUUUACCAGCCAAGCUGUGAGACCUAUUGGUUCUCCAAUUAGUCAGACUGGAGUAAUUGCUGGGAAUAUUUCACAAAGGAGCUAUUUUUCUGAGGAUGAAUCUUUUUCACAGUUGUUAGCUACUCGCCAACCAUGGACUCUACCCAGUAAUGCAAAUGAUGAAGGUGUGGAUCGAGAUCAAGACAAACGUGAGUUUAUGACCUGAAAGAGUGACUUCCAGAUUUCACACAUGUUACACAGCAGAACACAAAUGGAAAGCCUGAAUGCCUCUGCAUUGAAGUGAAACAACACAAUAUUUAUAUUUUUUAAGGACAAUGGUUGCAAUGAGAAAUUAUAGGAAUAUAAUAGAAUAUUGCUUUGCACCAUUACUAUUGUAGCUUGUUUGCAGUGAAUCAUUUAAAAUAAUUCUGACAAAAAAUAAAGUUAUGUUAUGAAGGUCA